UUUCGAAAGUGUUAGAUACGUUGAAAGAAAAUAAACAAGUUGUCUUUAAAAAGCUGUGUGAUAGAUUUCAUUUACAGACAUGAUGGCUGAUGGUUGGAAAAAUCUACCACAUCAUAUUUUGUUGCAAAUAUUUCAACAAUCUUCUAUCGACACUAUUGGUACCUCAGCUCAGGUGUGCCAUUCUUGGAACUCAGCAACUCAAGACCCAUUACUGUGGCGGUCCAUGAAACUAUUCCUGGACGACAGAAAACUAGAAGAAUCAGCUCGGAGAUGUAAAGGAUUAGCAACAAAAUGCAGAGAUGAUGUGACGGAACUCAGAGUUGAGUGCUUUGUUAGUGGCGAGGAGAUGAACGACUAUCUGAAGACACUGGAGGACAUCUUGAAGAUUUUAUGGAGAUCCAAACUCCGAGUGUUGGAGCUGCAGGGGCUUUACCCGGACAGCCCGACUAGCACAGCAAUGAGGAGGUUUGCUUCUUUUAUGAACAAAUUUCUCAAGGAGCAGAAAAAUCUGGAGAAUUUUUCACUGAAAGAUACAAACUUUGAAGACAAGUUCGUAACCAAAUUCUUGGAAAUUCUAGGCAAAUCUUCAGGGGAGAAAAUCAAAGUAAUUUGUUUGAUUAAUUCCUAUAACAACUACGACUACGACGACUUACCUUAUGGACCGAUUCAUGCAUUCGAUACCGUCUUAACAAAGUUUACAAACCUUCAAUCACUAACAAUUGAGUAUCUCAGCGAAGAAUUACUACAAAACCUAUCAAAGAGUCUGGGGACAAACUUCAAAUAUUUUUUUAUAACUGUCAGUUACUUAGAAGAAUCCAUAAGCGGAAUGGCAUGGAGGGCUCUUAAAGAAUCAUGUCCUGAUCUGAUGGUGUCUCUAAAUGUGUCAAACCGCAUAGAUUGUGUCCUUUUGUCCCCACACAUACCUUUAAUCAGCAUUACAGUAGGGAUCAACGUCCAGUAUGGGCCCGGGGGUCAGUUUUCCCUUGACAACAUCGCCACCCUGUACCACCACACACUGGAAGAGCUCCACAUUGGACAUCAUUUAGAGCGGGAUUUAACUGAGGAAUUUCUGGCACCGCUGGAAACUUUUCAAAAAUUACGGACGUUUUCGAUGUCCAUGACCAUAAGAACAGAAAAAAAUAUUCAGUUUUUAAGGGCUUUUAAGGAAAUAGUCAAAAGACAAAACACUUUAAGGGAUGUAAGGUUUAUGUUUCGUCACCGGCGAACGAUCAGUGCUCGACUGCUCCAAGAAAUAGACAGUGUUAAGGAGGACUUGAAAGAAUUUGUGGAUCGUGGCUUGGUGCUAAAGCUCAUCCUUGCAACGAAACACGAAGAGAUGGGUCAGUUUUUCGAUGUUGAUACAAAUACAAUCUCACAUGGAUGAAUUCGCCAGUUUGAAUAUUUCUGAUGUAUGAUCUAACUGUGCAAAUAGUGUUUCACUCCUAAGUUCUUGAGGAGCUAUGUAAUUAUGGUAAUAUUGUUUAACAUUUUUCGCAAACAAUUUUUUUCAACUGUUUUUUUUUAACUGCUGAAAAAUAGAGAAUGUUUUCAACUUGUCUUUACAGUUCUUAAACAAAUGUAAAAACAGACUUAGCUCUUAGCUAUCAGUUUUAAAUUAUCUGUAUUUUAAAUUGAAGCAGUUGAAAAAUAAAUGUUCACAAAUAAUGUUAACGAAUGUCCAUUAAAAACGAAUAGAGAAAAACUAUUGCAUGCAAUGACCAGGCUAUAUAACAUAUAUUGCUUGUAUAUUAUGUAAAUAUUUUGGGGUUACACGUUCUUAUUAAAGAUUAUUAAACAGUUUAAUUUUUUUAACUUAUGUAUGAACAUUUGUAUAAUGUAUGAGUUGUUUAACUGGCUUGAAAACCCUUUUUUAUUUGUAUUAAAUAUUAAGUAGGCCUAAUUAAAAAGAAAAAUUAUCCUUUUUAAAUAACAAUAGAAAUAUGUUACACGUUCUGUUUUAACUACUUUUUUCAUUAAUUCAAUGUUCUU